AUGGCGCGGUCUCUGCUGCCUGUGCUGCUGUUGGGGGGCCUGGCGCUCCUGGCAACCCACGCCUUGCUCUUCACCGCCCCAAGCGGUGAGCGGAGCCUGCGGGUGGCGCGCCAGGCGGGGGAGGCGACACUCAUCAAGCCGGAGGACGCCGGGAAGAUCACGGAGCGGGACGGCAACAACAACCCCCCGCGCAUCGUGCUCCAGACAAACGACUGGGACCAGCCGGAGCUUCAGCUCUCCACCGGCGCCAGCAACCAGAUCAACUACAUCACCCCUUCGGUGGCCUCGGAGGACAUCAAGGCGUGGCUGUCCCUGAACGUGAACUUCUUCUCCAUCCUCGGGCUUCUGACGGUGGGCGGCAUCAUCGAGAUCCAGCGCUUCUUCCCCGACACGCUGUACUGGUGA